AGGGCGAUCGAGCGAGAUAGACGUCACGGUCUCACAGCCCGCCGUUAGCCCAGCUCGGACCUCACCGGACCUUGUCUUAUUCUUUAGUGGGGUCGGGGGGUAAACUGAAGCAUAUUCAAGAGAGAAGCCCGUUUCUGUGGCAGCGGCAGUCCACGCGGGCCACUUUUCUUUCACGUAACCCAAAACAAACAGUCAGGGUGGAGGCAGGGCGAGCCGGCAAUAACGUAACAUCUGUGACGUAGGCGCCUGCGCCUCCGGGUUGGCCGUUCUGCCUCCACAGUUUGACUGCCGGGCCACUGAGAGAUCAGUUGACUUGAACGGAUCUGAAUCCUGGGAUCGAUAAGUGUGUGCUGAUGGAGAAGAGGAGGUCGGACUGUCCGGCUCUGCCACCCGGCUGGAAGAAGGAAGAAGUGAUCAGGAAGUCCGGUUUGAGCGCCGGGAAAAGCGACGUCUAUUACUACAGUCCAACAGGGAAAAAGUUCCGGAGUAAACCUCAGCUGUCGCGUUACCUUGGAAACAAAGUGGACUUGGCAUGUUUCGACUUCCGGACGGGGAAGAUGAUGCCUGGCAAACUGCAGAAGAGCAAACAGAGACUCCGACAUGACCAACUCAGCCUGGCGAAGGGAGGUAAGCCUGACCUGAACACGACUCUGCCCAUCAGACAGACGGCAUCCAUCUUUAAACAGCCUGUUACCAAGGUUACAAGUCACCCGGGAAACAAGGUAAAGACAGACCUGCAGAGAGCGACUGAGCAGCCCAGACAGCUUUUUUGGGAGAGGAGGUUGAAAGGUUUGCGAUCAUCGGAUGUCUCAGAGGAAGUUCUACGAACGAUGGACCUACCGAAAGUCCUACAGAGUGUUGGUCUGAACUCGAGUGAUGAGACUCUGCUGUCGGCCAUCGCGAGUGCUCUCCACAUGAGCUCCGCUCCCAUCACGGGACAGACAUCUGCGGCGGCUGAGAAGAACCCGGCAAUCUGGCUGAACACGUCCCAGCCGCUCUGUAAGGCCUUCACCGUGACCGAUGAACAAAUCCGAAAUCAGAGAAGUACUGCAUCCAACAAUGAAGGAACAAACGAAAAGCACGGCAAGCGGAUACAAGAUGAAUUACACAAACCAAACAAGCAAUGAUCAAGAGCAGCGUGCAGACGUUCAAGGUAAGCAAGGAGAUACAACCCCAUGUCCCUUCCACUUCUGCUGUGCCGACAAUGUAAAUCCCACUGAUUGACGUUGCCCUCCAAGGCUGACCUAGGAGACUGGAAAACACUGACAUGCAGGAUGUGAAAUAGAACAUUGAUUUUGCUGGGCACAAAUCACAACCAACCAAACGUCCAGGUAUAAUUCUCUUGGUUAGAAAAAAAAGCGUUUAUCACAAAGAUGCUGCAUGAAGAUGGGGUCAAAGGUCACAUUUGUGUAU